UUUAAGGGGUGUUGACCUGGGUCUAGUUCUAGUAAACCGAUCCCUCUGGCCGGCGCAGCGAUUGGUUAACUGCGCGGCUGACUGACGCGGUGUGGAGAGCGGCUCCCGGCAGCGCGGAGCUGAUUGGCUGCGCGCGGGAGAUCCAGGGCUCGGCCACCCGCACACCGCGCACUCGAGCUGCAGCGUCGCAAGUAGGUGCAGCAGCCCGCAGCCCGCCGCGCCUCCGCGAGCCGGGACGGCACUCGGCCCCGCGCGCUCUCCGCCCCGCGCCAUCCCCGCCGCGGCGACCUGCGGCAGCGGAGGACCCCAGCGAUCGGAGAGUCGGGGAGCAGCGCGCGGCCGCGAGCCGGACGGGGCCGGGCACUGCGCCUUUGUCCCCGGAGGCUCCGGGAAGUUUGCAGCGGGACGCGCGCGUGAAGGCGCUGUGGGCAGCCCCGACGUCGCCGAGCAGCAUGGGCGUCGGGCGCAGCGCGCGGGGUCGCGGCGGGGCCGCCUCGGGCGUGCUGCUGGCGUUGGCCGCCGCGCUGCUGGCCGCGGGUUCGGCCAGCGAGUACGACUACGUGAGCUUCCAGUCGGACAUCGGCUCGUAUCAGAGCGGGCGCUUCUACACCAAGCCCCCGCAGUGCGUGGACAUCCCGGUGGACCUGCGGCUGUGCCACAACGUGGGCUACAAGAAGAUGGUGCUGCCCAACCUGCUGGAGCACGAGACCAUGGCAGAGGUGAAGCAGCAGGCCAGCAGCUGGGUGCCGCUGCUCAACAAGAACUGCCACAUGGGCACCCAGGUCUUCCUUUGCUCGCUCUUCGCGCCCGUCUGUCUGGACAGGCCCAUCUACCCGUGUCGCUGGCUCUGCGAGGCCGUGCGCGACUCGUGCGAGCCGGUCAUGCAGUUCUUCGGCUUCUACUGGCCCGAGAUGCUCAAAUGUGACAAGUUCCCCGAGGGCGACGUCUGCAUCGCCAUGACCCCGCCCAAUGCCACCGAAGCCUCGAAGCCCCAAGGUACAACCGUGUGCCCUCCUUGUGACAACGAGUUGAAAUCGGAGGCCAUUAUUGAGCAUCUCUGUGCAAGCGAGUUUGCACUGAGGAUGAAAAUCAAAGAAGUGAAGAAGGAAAACGGCGACAAGAAGAUUGUCCCCAAGAAGAAGAAACCCUUGAAGCUGGGGCCCAUCAAGAAGAAGGAGCUGAAACGGCUCGUGCUCUUCCUAAAGAACGGCGCGGACUGUCCCUGCCACCAGCUGGACAACCUCAGCCACAACUUUCUCAUCAUGGGCCGCAAGGUGAAGAGCCAGUACCUGCUGACGGCCAUUCACAAGUGGGACAAGAAAAACAAGGAAUUCAAAAACUUCAUGAAGAGAAUGAAAAACCACGAGUGUCCCACCUUCCAGUCUGUUUUUAAGUGAUACGGGGCGGGGGCGGACUGGGGAGGGAGCGUGGCUUGGGGUGAAGGUGGGGGCUCGUGGAUGACCCCAGUUCUUGGGGUUCACAUUUGCUCUCACCCAUUACAGUUGUGGCUUUUGCAUCGCACCCAGCUCUGUUCCUACAGCGAUCCCUCUCCCUUCCCUCCACAGCCACAUCCAGAUAAGGCCAAGGCCCUUUAGAUUAGGAAGGCUUUUUUAAGGGCUGCAGCAGGGCCAGCAGGCACCGGUGCAGAAGGAGAGGCAGAAUCCUUUCACAGAGCCUCGGGCACAAAACAGGAAAUGUUUGUCGGUUUGGAAAAAACAAAACAAAACAAAACGGAUUAUAAAAAAAAAAAAUGCAGGAGGACAGCUGGCUCAGCUCCACAGUUGGUCUGGACAUCAUUACUUGUGGAGUCUAAGCCUUUACAGGUAGAAGAUUUUGAUCAUUGCUAAGACAGGUUGCUUUCAGUUUGGUAGUAAUUCCCCACUUUCUGCCUUAGACCAUCACCACCGUACACAUGUGCACGCACACACACACACACACACACACACACACUUCUGAAAGUAGCCAGGGUAUCCCAGUACAGAAUAGGAUAACCUUAUCUGGUUGGAUCUGCCUACUUUACCCUCAGCUUUUGAACCAGCCAUCUUUAAUAGGAAACUGUAGGUCUCAGAUGGACAUUUCUACCAGUCCAUUGGGAUACAAGGAUCACCGGGAUCUGCGUUUGUAUGAGGAGGUAUGUGGGCAUGAAGAGACAUGAGGCAUUUCAGGCUGAGAAGCCAACCGUUACUAGUUUUCAAAAAUACAGUGGUAGAAAUGAACAAACGUACAAUGUCAAGCCGGUCAUGAGUCAGGGCGAUUGGGGAUCCUGUGUGAACGGCCUCACAUACCGUCUGCCACAUUUCAAAAAAGAGCAGCAACAUAAACAGGGAUAAAACGCCACAAACCCUCCAAGGCUUGGAUAAAAGUCCACACUAAGCAUUUCGAAGACUAAUGUCGCUGACUGCCCUAGGCUGCCCUCUUAAUAAGCACACUGUCUACGCAUGUGCUGUGGAAGGCAACUCUGCACAUGUGCUGUGGCGGAGAUGGGCGUGGCAUCAUGGCUGUGCCUGGCUGCCCCGGAAUCAACAUAGCUAGCUGUGGGAGGAGACAGUAUCCACAGCGCUGCCCAGACUCUGCUUUUCUGCAAGGACAGCUCUUUUCCUUACACACGAUUGCCUAUAAUUCAGACAAAUUUAAAAUCGCUGCCUGCCUGAGCCCUCCACCUUUACUUUUGUAUUUCUCCAGUCACGUUCUUUUGAGGCUAAGUGCCCUAUCCAAGGAGAUGGUUUCAAAGGCUAACUAACCACCUGCAGUUUUCCCAAGUGCCCAAAGGUAUUUCUCAAAGUUGGUAUGCUUAAUAAGUGAUGUAAAUAUUCCAGUUCUCUUAGGCAGCCUUACUCCUGGUGUCCGAGUAGUUCUUAAAAAACAAAACAAAACACACAUUGAUUUCUUCCACCAAAGUCUGAUUAUCCACUCCCCACAACAUCUCACAGGCUACAGUGGCUGUCCCUUUGGCAUACUCAAUCCAGAGGCAGCGUCGAUUGUGAGGACUCAACUAGUGGCCUUGGAUUGACACAGAAACAGGAAAAUUCUGGUUACUUCUGAAAGACUCCAGCCUGAAAACUCAACCAUGUCAACCUAGUUACCAACCUGAGUGGGGUAGUGAUCUAAUUAACUUCAUGUUUAGUAAUCCUAUUAUCUUAACACUUUUAAGAAUUCUUCCAACCCUAAUCAUAACGUUAUUAGGAACCUUAAAUGAUUUGCCUAUAAUUGUGGAUGAUUUAUAAAUGUGUAUGUGCAUUAGGAAUUAGAAAUAGUCUACUUUCUCAUUGUCCAACUGAAAUGCAAAAUGUCAUGAGUGUGUCGAUCUGGGCUUCGAGCCACUAGUUCAGUGCUUGGUCAGGGUCUGUUCAUUUUGGUAAAGUGUUUCAUGUGGCAGGGCUCUCUCCGAGUGGCAGAGGACUGCCUACAUGAAUUUUUUCUGGGGACGUUAGCAGUUUCACAGACUGAAAAUGAGAGACUGUGCUGGGCAGCUCCAGAUUAGGGAUCACCAUGUAGGAGGCAACCUUCUGAGAAAGGGUUCACAAUCGACUAACUGUGAACUGCAGUGGAUGUCCCCCCCCCCACCGCCCCCCUCCAGAAUUCCCAGCUUUAGAGUUCCAUUGUGGACCCGGGAGGACCCCAGACACACACAGACCAGUUUUGUCUAUACUACAUCAGCAGUUCCAGACAAAAGGGGAGGCUAUCUAGGGGCCCAAAGCUGCAUGAUCAGCAGCCUUUGUCCUCUUCAACAAAAGCUAUAACAAACCAAUGUGCAGACUCAUUGGCUUUGUCCCUGGCAUCCCGUGGAAGAUGUCCAUGUGUGCUCUGACCAGCGUUGCCAGUGUAAGGGUCAGAUUUGGAAAGCUUUAAAACAGUCAUUCUGGAGAGUCAGGGAAGCCCACCAAACAUUUGGAAACUAUCAGUAGUUAUCUUAGAAAAUAGACUCGGGGCAAGAUUUGUAAGAAUAUUUUACUUUUCAAGCAUUCUGUAUCAAUCCUCAAAGCUUAUAGUUGGUGGGUUAGCCGCUAGGUCCUUCCUGCCUGGGGCAGAGUCUAAAGCCCAGCUCGAGGCUUCCUAUGAAUGUGUUAAUUACAGAAAUCUCAUUUCCCAAAGCUAGAACCUGUUUUGCUUGUUAGCCUCUGUGUAACCGGAUGCUCUGUUGUACCUUCAUAGCCGGAAGUGGUUCAAGAUGUGCUUCAGAAGCAUACCUGAGGCCACAUCUCUCUCCACGAUGGAUGGCAUGCUGGCUGCUCUGACCUGGCACUGCAGGCCCGAAGCACAUAGACAGAAUUCCUGUUGGCCCUUGGUCCCCCAAGAGGACUCCACUUUAUAGCCUAAGCCUUUUAUAAAAAGCUUCGAAUACUGUGAAGAUGUUUUACAUUCCAUUUUGUUCGUGUUGUUUCUUAACUACAGUUGACCAGAUGUUUUGAUGUUAUCACGUAUGUUAAUAGUAAUUCCCAGAUGUGUUUUGUUUUCAUGCUUUCCCUGCCAUGUAUUCACUUCACUAAAAUCACUCAAUCAAUAA